AUGCAAGACCUGGACGCCAAGGAAUCAGUUCCCGAUGUGUCUCUUAGCGAAUGCAAGGGCAAAGAGAACAAUCUGUCUUCGCCAAGCCCUAUACUUAGUGCGGACCACAUAUUCCCAGAUGGCGGUCGCCAAGCUUGGAUGACUGUAUUAGGUGGAUGGUUGUCCUUUAUUGCAGGGAUUGGCCUGCUUAGCAGCUUUUCCGUUUUCCAGAGCUACUACAGUCUUGUUACUCUGUCAUCAUACUCGGCUGACGAUAUCUCGUGGAUUUCUAGCACCCAGACAUGGGGGUGCUUUUUCUUUGGGAUCUGGGCUGGUAGGUUGUCUGACAGGUAUGGCCCGAGUCUCCCCCUCGCGGCAGGAACAUUCUUCAUGGUUUUUGGUACGAUGAUGGCUUCUGUGUCCCAGAAGUACUACCAAUUCAUGCUAUCUCAGGGCGUAUGUACAUCUUUUGGCAUUGGAUUAUCAUUUACACCGGCUUUAGCCGUUCAAUCCCAAUGGUUCCUGAGGAAACGUGGAUUUGUUGUGGGGUUGGUCAUGUCCGGGCAAAAUGUUGGGGGCGUGAUCUGGCCCGUCAUUGUCAACCAGCUCAUUAAUUAUAACGGACUAUCUCUGGGCUGGACUCUCCGUAUCAUUGCGUUCAUACAACUAUUCCUGAUGACAUUGGCAACACUGCUCAUCCGACCACGAUUCCCACGAGGUUCCACAAAAGAAACUAUCAAGAUAAGCGUCUUCAUCAAGGACAAACGAACGGUUCUAUUCACCAUUGCAACGUUCAUCAUGUAUCUGGCUAUUUACAUUCCAUAUGUCUUCAUCACACCAUAUGGUAUGCAAUGGGGCGCUUCAGCAACCUCAGCCUUUUAUUACGCCUCAAUUCUCAAUGCUGGAGGCUUCUUUGGGUGUUACGCAUUGGGAAUUAUUGCGGACGCUGGGUGGGGGUUCUUUGACUGCCUGACUGUCACGGCUUUUGCCUCCAGUAUUGUUGGCUUUGCCUGGAUGGCGGCACGGACUCCGGCUGGCAUAAUUGUCUGGACCGUAGUUUAUGGCGUUUUGUCAGGAGCGCUGCAAGCAAUAUUCUCACCGUGUAUAUCGUUGCUAGCGCCCACGCCAGAGGUCAUUGGGACCUGGAACGGGCUAUGCAUCAGUGCCAUAUCUUUUGCAGUUUUGGGCAGUGGGCCUAUCGCUGGACGGCUGUUGGAGAAUACUGGGUUGACAGACUAUGUGCCAAUGCAGGCUUUCACUGGUGCUUGUCUGAUGGCUGCGGCUUCUUUGUUCCUUAUCACUCGGAUAUGGGUGUCUCAGGAUUUCAAGAAAAGAAUCUGA